AUGGAUAAAACACAAAAAUACGAUCGCCAGUUAAGACUUUGGCAAGCAAGUGGUCAAACAGCUCUAGAAUCUUCGAAAGUUUGUCUUGUAAAUGGGACAGCGACUGGCUGUGAAACUUUAAAGAACCUGAUAUUACCUGGCAUGGUAUUAGCAGAAAAACAGUCAAUAUUUGUGGAUAAUAACAAUAAGAUUAAUAUAAUCAAAUCAAAUUUAUAUUUAGGAAUUGGAUCAUUUACUAUUCUCGAUGGGAAAACGGUUGAAGCAUCAGAUAUUGGAAAUAACUUUUUCUUGGAUGCAGAAAGUAUUGAUGCACCUAGAGCAGAACGAGUUGCUAUUCUCUUGCAAGAAUUGAAUGAUGAUGUUAAAGUAAUCACAACUGACCUUCAUGAAAAGCCACUACUUAAGCUAUCCGAGAUAUUAUGGAACGCCAAAAUACCAUUGAUAGUUGUUCGUACUGUAGGAUUUGUUGGAUAUAUACGCGUAGUGUUGCCUGAACAUACAGGCAAUGUAUAUUUUAAUACUAAUGUUGUUGAAACUCACCCAGAAAAUAUUUCCGAUCUUCGACUCGAUACUCCAUUUCCUGCUCUGCUUGAAUAUGCCAAAACUUUUGAUUUUGAAAAAAUAGACAGUCUUGAACAUAAUCACAUCCCUUUUGUAGUAAUUUUGUUGAAGUAUUUGGAGCAGUGGCGAAAUGAGCAUGGAAAUAAAUUGCCUAGCACAUCAGCUGAGAAGAACGCAUUCAAGCAAGCAAUAAUAAGUGGUAAACGCGUUCCAGACGAAGAGAAUUUCGAUGAAGCAUUAGCUGGUGCUUGGAAAGCAUGUUCCGUGACAAAAAUUCCUUCUGAGGUUGAGAGAAUCUAUAAUGAUGCUGCGUGUUCAAAUAUUAGUUUUGAAUCUUCUAGUUUUUGGAUUAUUGCUCGUGCAAUCCACGAUUUUGUGGAGAAUGAAGGUCAUGGAUUAUUACCAUUGGCUGGAAGUUUGCCUGAUAUGAAAGCUGACACACAGAGCUAUGUUGCAUUGCAAACCAUCUACCGCCAAAAAGCAAAAGAAGAUAUUGCAUCAGUCCGUGCACAUGUCCAUAAAAUUCUGUCAUCAAUAGGAAGACCGAUUGACUUUAUCUCUAAUCAAGAAAUCGAAAGUUUCUGUAAGCACGCUGCGUUUAUUAAAGUGAUUCGAUAUCGAUCGCUGCAAGAAGAAUAUAUAACCAGCCCAAAGAAAUCCGAGAUUGCGCGAUGGAUACGUGAUCCUAAUGAUAAUAUUGUUCAUUAUUUAUUAAUUCGUGCAAUCGAUCAGUUCUAUGAAAGAUAUCAACGUUAUCCAGAUGCCGCGACAUUGGACGAGGAAGACGGAGGCAAUGAAUCAGAGUUUAUCAAUUUUAAAUCGAUAGUUACUCGGUUAUUCAACGAUUAUGGUAUCAAAGAAAUACCCAGUCACGUUGAUGAUUUUAUACAUGAAACAUGUCGUGCUGGAGGCUCCGAAAUACCAAAUAUCGCAUCAUUAUUGGGUGGUCUCGUGUCUCAAGAAGUCAUAAAGAUAGUAACACGACAAUAUAUUCCAAUUGAUAAUACAACCAUAUUUGAAGGGAUAAAAUCUACUUCUACUACGUAUUCUCUGUAG